AUGAGCACCACUGUCAGGCAAUACUCCUCCUCCACCUCCCUCAAGGGACUCGGUGGCCUGGGGGGAGGCUCCAGCAGGAUUUCCUCCGUGCGGGUUGGGGGCGGAGGGUACCGAGCCCCCAGUGUCCAUGGAGGCUCUAGCAGCUACUCGGUCUCUUCCCGCGUUGUCUCGGGGCUCGGAAGUGGCUACGGGGGCAGCUACUGCAGCAGCAUAGGAGGGGGCCUCGGCGGUGGCUUUGGGGGUAGCUAUGGGGCUGGCUUUGGGGCUGGCUUUGGAGCUGGCUUUGGGGCUGGCUUUGGAGGUGGCGAUGGCAUCCUCCCAGCUGGCGAAAAGGAGACGAUGCAGAACCUCAACGACCGCCUGGCUGCCUACCUGGACAAAGUGCGUGCCCUGGAGGAGGCCAACACCGACCUGGAGGUCAAGAUCAGGGAGUGGUACAAGAAGCAGGGACCUGGUCCAGACCGUGACUACAGCCCCUAUUACAGGACGAUCGAGGAGCUCAGGAACAAGGUCCUGGGGGCCACAGUUGACAAUGCCAACCUCCUCCUGCAGAUUGACAAUGCCAGGCUGACUGCUGAUGACUUCAGGACCAAGUUUGAGACAGAGCAGGCUCUGCGCCUGAGCGUGGAGGCCGACAUCAACGGCCUGCGCAGGGUCCUGGAUGAGCUGACCCUGGCCAGGGCUGACCUGGAGAUGCAGAUUGAGAACCUGAAGGAGGAGCUGGCCUACCUCAAGAAGAACCAUGAGGAGGAAAUGCAUGUCCUGCGCGGGCAGGUGGGUGGAGAGAUCAGCGUGGAGAUGGACGCAGCUCCUGGAGUCGACCUCACCAAGAUCCUGGCUGAGAUGAGGGAGCAGUACGAGAGCCUGGCGGACAAGAACCGCCGGGAUGCCGAGCAGUGGUUCUUCAGCAAGACGGAAGAGCUGAACCGGGAGGUGGCCAUCAACACCGAGCAGCUGCAGAGCGGCAAGACGGAGAUCACCGAGCUGCGCCGCACCAUCCAGAGCCUGGAGAUCGACCUGCAGUCCCAGCUCAGCACGAAAGCGGCGCUGGAGGGCACCUUGGCCGACACAGAAGCGCGCUAUGGCACCCAGCUGGCCCAGCUGCAGGCGCUGAUCAGCAGCGUGGAGGAGCAGCUGGCCGAGCUGCGCUGCGACAUGGAGCGCCAGAACCAUGAGUACAGGGUCCUGCUGGACGUCAAGUGCCGCCUGGAGCAGGAGAUCGCCACGUACCGCCGGCUCCUGGAGGGAGAGGACGCCCACAUCUCUUCUCAGUACUCCUCUGCCAUGUCCUCACACUCCGGCAGAGAUGUCAUGACAUCUUCCCGUCAAGUCCGCACCAUCGUUGAGGAGGUGCAGGAUGGGAAGGUGGUCUCCUCCCGGGAGCAGGUUGCCCUCACCACUCGCUAG